UCGAAGCACAGGAGUGCAACUCUGGCUUGAUAAAAGAGGAGAAGAGGAGGUGGAGGAAGAGGAGGAGGGAGGGAGGAAGCUGUUGCCUGUCAAAGGGACAUCAACCUGUGCUGUCAUGGACAAAUAUCGACCAAAGAGACCAACCACCCUGGCUCUGUUCCCACAGUUGCCACAAGCCGGCACCCAGGACUCCAUCAACAACAACUCUUUAGGCAAGAAGGACAGCUGGAAGGACUCCCGCUCCUCCUCCCCACAUAUUACAGGCGAUCUAACACCACGAGAUGUCCAACCCAAAGCAGAGGACAAAGUUCGGCACAGCACGCGCCGCCUGGCCCCCAAACCGCCCACAGCCAAUGGAGCUAACAGCAGGGCUAACGCUCAGGCUGCUGCCAACACCACAGACACGCACACUCAGCCGCGAGACAGACAGGUGUCAGGGGCCACGCACACACAGUCUUCCAGCCUACCUAGGAGUCAAAAAAGAGGAGGUAGAGGAGCAGCAGCGAUGAGAGAGAGGAGCCUGGGGGACACCAGAGGAAAGGAUGGAGUGACAGCUGGGAAGGAAGAGAGGAGAGCAAGACUGUGUGAUGAGUCCAAAGGGAAAGAGAAAGAGAGGAAUGAACAUCAGAGGCCAAGAGAAGCAAAUGGACUGAAAAGCCGGGGGGCUGAUAGGAAAGGAAAAGUAGCCGUGAAAGGGGUUAAUAAAGGAGGGGGAUUCAAGACAAAUAACAUACUGUCUAACAAGGAAGCCUGUCUGACAGCCAUGGUGGUCCCACGCACGCCGGUAGCACCAAGAAACCAGGACAAGACCCAAGACCAAGGCCAAAACCAUGACAGGACCCAAGACAACCAAUCUAACAUGUCCAGGUCCAGCAGUGAGGGGGGGUCAAACAGAAUGUCCCUCAGCUCAGACACAGAGGGGCCCCCACCAGGACCACUGCAUCCCUCUUUAUCCCGCCGAACCAAUCCCGACAUCACCGAAGAAGAGGGGGAGGGAGAUCCGACUCCCUGUGUGAACAUCCAGAACGGUCCAACCCACUGCUUUGCAGGUAACGGAAAAACAGAGAUGGACUCUACCAAGUCAGAGGUGGAUGCAGGGGGAGGAAAAUGUGGCGAUAACAAUGAGGUGGAAGGCACUAACUCUGUCUCUCAGGGAGAUGUUGCGGCUGCUCAGACUGUACCAAAGAGUGAAGCUACAGCAGGGUUAAAUUAUGACUCUGUUAAAUACACUCUGGUGGUUGAUGAACAUGCUCAGUUGGAGCUGGUCAGCCUUAAAGACUGCCUGCACAGUUACAACAAGCACAACGAUGACAGCGACGGAGAGACUGUCUAUCAGUCAGCCAAUGAGGAGGAAGACCCAGAGUAUGAGGAGGAGAGGCAGAGGAGUGAGGAAGCAAGGAAGCAAGAGAGGAGGAAAGAAGAAGAAAAGACAAGAAAGGAGGAGGAGGAGAUGAAGAAGUGGAGGGAAGAAGAUGUAAAGAGGAGGCGGGAGGAGGAGGUGAAGAGGAGGAGGGAAGUUGUAUCAAGGAUCUGCAAGCAGUCCAAGGUAACAUCAACCACAACCUCAGAGGAAGAGGAUUCUAACGGAGGAAGGGCUGGAGCUUCCAAAAGUAAAAAGUUCCUCAACCUGUUUUCCAACAACAGCAGCCACUACAGCACCACUGGUGCUGGAUCCUUUGGUGUGUUCUCUUGUGUCUUGGAUGGAGUGGAGAGACAGCAGAGCCACAGAGCUGUCUACAGGUUUGUCCCUCGGCAUGCAGAUGAGUUGUACCUAGAGACAGAUGACCCACUGUUAAUGCUGAACCAGUCUGAGGACCUGUGGUGUCAGGGUUACAACAUGAGGACUGGAGCUUCUGGCAUCUUCCCUGCCUUCUAUGCUGUCAGGGUGGCCAAAGAUAUUAACCAAGUCCAGAAAGAUGGCUGGAUGGAGCAGUUCAUGGUGCAGUUCCUGGGUUCAGUCCAGGUCCCCAUCCACAAAGGCAACGACAUGCUGUGUGCUGCAAUGCAGAGGGUAGCGUGUAACAGGCGGUUAGCAGGUCAGCCUCCUUCAGCCUGUGUGGUGGAGGUCAGUGUCAAGGGUGUGAAGAUCAGCGUCCAAGACCAGUGUCACUCUGCUCAAAGGGGGGACCAGUGUUUCCAUUUCUUCCAGUUGAAGAACAUCUCAUUCUGUGGCUGUCAUCCAAAACACAGCAAGUAUUUUGGUAUAGUCACCAAACACCCCGACCAACAGCGCUUUGCCUGUCAUGUGAUGAUGUCAGAGACAACAUUACACCCUCUGGCUGAGUCUGUAGGGAAGGCAUUCCAGCAGUAUUACAAGGAACAUAUUGGCUACUCCUGUCCCACUGAAGACAUCUUCAUUGAAUAACACCUCUCCCCCAUCCACACUAUAUAUUCACUAUGUGCAUGUAAGCCUGGUCUUACGCAACAAACUGGACCACUGGUUGAUCUUCGUCAAAGUACUUGAAUGGUUGAUUUCUUUUCUAACCUGCAUCCAGUGAUACAGCAGCCUUUUCUUCCUUUAGCCAUGUCACAAAAUAAAUACCUCUAUGGAUGUAUAGGAUGACAUGACACUCCAUACACUGAAAACAAAUGUAACUAAAUUUAAAUACAAAUAUCCAACAUUGAUAUAUUUUACGGGUUCAAAUGUAAUAUGUAACUACACAUAAAUGUUGGAUAUUAAAACCAUAUAGACAGCCUUCAGGACUAUGGAGUUAAUUUAAUGACAGAAUGUUUAUAUUAGCAAUUCGCUAACUUGCAACCAGUGUUGAAAUUAAUUAUUUAUAAGUUUUGCUAACUAAUUAACCAUUUGAGUCAUGUCUCAAGAGUUAUCCACCAUGUUGGAAGCUCUGUGGCUAUAUUUAGGCACAGCAGGGCUUUUAAGCUCACGUAAAUGCUCAUUUUAGCAUGCUAACAUCAUGCUAACAUACUAACAAUGUUAGUAAAGGGUUUCGCAGGCUAUGUGCUACGUUAGCAGCUAGCAUUUGUCAGCACUAAAGCACUAAACACAAAGUACAGCUGAUUUGAACGUGGAUGUCAUUAUUUUUGCAGGUAUUUGGCCAUAAACCAAACUUGGGAACAUAAAUAUCUUUGUUUCAUGACAAUAUAUCCAAAAUCUGUCAAGAUAUUUUAGUCUGGAAAAAUUUUGGACCAACUGACAAACAAUGACAUUUUUAAAGCCACAACACUAGCAUGGCUAAUUGGACUCUGACAUGAUGUUUCCAGCUUCUAAAAUUAGAUGAUUCGCUUUUUUUCUCUUCCAUGUAAUUACAAAAUUAACAUGUUUGUGUAUUUGGAUUGUUGGUUGGACAAAAUAAUCAAUUUUAAGCUGCCACCUUGGGCUCUGCAAACUUAUAUCAUUAUAUUUUAAAUGAAUUGAAAAACACAAAUUAAUUAAAAAAAGGUUCCUUACACUAAUAUGAUGUCCCAGGGUAAUUUCAGUACCCGUACACUUGCAAAUCUUUAAUACUCAACAGAUUUCUACAACAUUAUCAAGUCACACAGAGACAAUGCCCUUUAGCAUUCACCGUUUCUAUAUUUUCACAAAAACAAGCAACAGCAUAAAUAACUACUCAAAAUCAACUAAUCCACACAUAAAAAUGUUUUUCUCUGAAUAGAUAAAAUACAAAAAAAAUCUAUUCAAUGUCCAAAGUAGGCCUAUGUUCAGUUGCAACAACUAAGCUCCCUCUCCUCUCCUCUCCUCUCCUCUCCUCCCUUCACCUAGGUCAACAACCUGGAGUGUAGCUAUGCUAACCACAAAUUUACUUUUAAGAUAAUAGAAACAAAGAAGAAUGCAAGACCGCAUGUGUAUGAAAAGAGGGUGAACCUUCUGUCUUUAAAUUAGCUUCAUCCUUGUCUCUACAGAACACAAGGGCUUCUUAUUAGCAAAAUUCCCCACAUUAGCUGAAGGGACAUAUAAUAAACAAAUGGACCUGCUUUUUUUCUUUGCACAGUGACAACAGACAGACUGAUGUUUCCAGAAAAUAUAUAAGUAUAAUUCUGUAUGAUAUAACCCUAAGAUUUGACAAUCUACUAUUGAAGACCUUUAAGGUGCCUCAUUUCUGUAUUUACUGCUUCAUGUUCCCUUUCUUCUAAAUGUGGCUCCAGCUACCAAACCCUUCAUGCAGGGUUUCUCUCAUUGAGUGAUGAAGUAUUUUUCUCUAAAACUCAGUGUAAUAACAAGGCCCAAAUGACGCUGUGCAAUUUCAUAUGUGUGCAAAGGAACAGACUGGUGGGAGGGUGGAUCACUGUGCUGUGUGCUGUCUGUCCACAUUACUAUAAGCUCAGACUUCUUUUGCAUUGCCUGCUCAAAUCUAGGACCAAAGUUGGGGUUAAGGCAGCAUUAAAUACUUCUUAGACAUACAAGUUGUUUCCACAUUUUUUAUUUUUUGUUUUUUUGUGGCUAAGAUGUAUUUAGAAUGCAUGGAAGAGGAUUAGGACCUGGUAGGAGGAAAAAAAAUCAUUACGUUUGAGAAAAAAGUUGAAAUGACGAGAAUAAAGUCAAAAUACAAUGUCGAGAAAAAAGUAGAAAUACAGUGUAGAGAAACCCUAAAAUAUUGUAGUUAUUGCUCAUUUUAUUACAUUUAUGAAAAUCAGGUUGUAGCUUGCAGUCUACCUAACUGUUCGGAUAGAUGUGCCAUUUCUCUGAAAUCACUCUGACUUAUUAGCCCCUUUCAUAGUGCCAUUUCAUGCUGGGGCAUUUACGGCUCUGUAACGUAUCGCCUCCACUAUGAAUGUGCCCGAAUCAGGAUGCUGGGAUCAAAUGAUCCCACCAAUUUUCCGCCUCCAGAGGUAGUCACAGAGGCAGAAAAUUGGUGGGACUGAUGGAAGUGGGACCACUAUGAACGGGACAGCCCGGCAAGCUAGGAUAUUUGACGCCGCGCAUGACAUCUAACACACACCUCCCACUUGGUCCAAUAGUCAUUCAAUCACUGUUCACUGCAGCCGCCGUUGCAAACUGGGCACAGCGCCCAUUGUAUAUUGUAAACAAAGCUGCAUGCUAACUGUACAUGUGGUGUCCGCAGCAGAUGGUAAACAAACCGCCGUCGCUAACUGUCCACUGAGUGUCUGGUUCUUGUUGUAAAUAAACGGAGGUUGCUAACUGAACACAUACUGCUGCAGCACAUACACACUGUACUGCUACAGUGCUAACAGUGUAGCCUAUUAGCACUAUGCAACUGCACAGCACUGCUGCUGCUCUAUCGCACCUCACUAUUGUCUCCUCCCACCUCGUUCUGCGACGCCAGACUGCACUAAGAAAGGGUACGAAUAUAACGCCUUCGCGAAAUCACUAUGAAUGUCCUAAUGCGAAAAGCUGGCACAGAUCUUUCCGGCAAUAGAGUGGGACAUUUGUGGGACCGCACUAUGAAAGGGGCUAUUGACACAAAUCUGCGACAUCUCAACUUUCAUUCGUCAUUUUUACUUUAUUCUCAUUACUUCAACUUUUUUCUUGAACUGCAUAAUGAAAAAAAAAAUCCUCCCUCCCCUUCUGUAAAAAUGAAAUACUGAACUCUGCUUUUUUUCCUUCACAAACUGACCCACAAUCUGACUGGGUUACCUAAACAAGGAGGAUUCUUCCAUGCAGUUCGUCCUUGUUUUUGCAGUCAUUAGAUGAUUACUUCCAAGGCUUAAAGCUGCACUAAUCUACAUGUUUUACAAUAUUGGUACAAAUACUUAUUUUUAAUGUAAAAUGAGUCACUUAUAACGAAGAACACACUGAAUUGUUACUAACCAACGCAGUUAUCUUCAGCUCUAUGAAGAUUUUUAGCCUUUUUAAACAAUUUUAUUUCUUUCCAAGCAUGCAAACUACACUCCAAUCAACCAUGUCUUUAGAAGCAGCAGGCAGCUAUUUCAACUGAAAGGCUUUUAAUAAACCCACUAUACACUACGGCCACCCCUGAAAUAUGAUUUUGGCCCCAAUAUCAUUGGGCAAGAGUACCAGGGUAGCUUCCAAGUCUUGUCCGAUUCCAGUUUUCAUGUAAUUCCACCUGUUGUAAUUCAGACGGUGCUGUGUGAGAGACUUAAAUUGUGCCCAAUAGUGACAGAGAGCAAUGUGUCACCACUGGAGGAGAAAACUGUUGGUACCACAGUAUGUAACCAAAGGGUAAAAUGCUGACAAUAUGGCUGCUAGUUUUCUAGAGUCACCAAGUCACCUAACCAGCAUGUCUUUCGACUGUAGGAAAGAGAAAACCCACACUGACAUGGGGAAAAAUAUAGUUGGCCUUAAAAUACAAUUUGGUUUGACAGUGGAAAAAAAGUGGCUGCAACAUUAGGCAUACUGAGUGUCAGGAUCCCACAGUUUCCCCAUUCUUACUGCUGAGGCCCACUUUCUUCCUCUCAUUCCCCUUAUUUCUCAAUGCAGAAGUAAAUAGUUCCUUCUGUUUGAUCGCUUCCGUCAGUUGAUCCAACAAGCUUUAUUAGUUCAUUUAAACAAUGUUGGAGUAACAGGUUGGUGCUUAUCGAUGUCUCCACAGUGGAAAAGUUGGCAAUGUAUUAACACACAAUAUCUAGGACCUGGUAUUUAUGACGGCUGAUGUCCAGCCUGGCAUCCAGGGAUGGAAGGACGACCUGAAUUAGUGGCCUCAGAUAACGUACAUAGCAUAUUUAGCUAAUAAUUGACUCCAUUGCUAACACUACACUGUAACAUAAGGUAAAGCGGAGAAAAUAUUCUAAAUAUAGGAUACACUUAAUCUGAUAUUGAUAUUAUUAGUAUGUAAUACAGUUAGUACGGGAAGUUACAUCCAUACUUUUUUCAACUUGCUCUUUACCAUAUAGGCAGUGCAUCCUACCACACAGCAGUUGUUCUCAGGAGGCACCUUUACACAAUAUGAAGUCAAUAGAGGGCAAUUAAUUGUUUUCUUCUCCAGUAUUGAUGGGAUUUAAUUGUGUUGCAUCUCCAUGUUUUCUAAGCCAAUUUUCAAUGCCUUAUGAAGCUUCAUGAAUCAUUUGCUUUAUUUUUUUUUACCCCACUAGAUGGCGGUCUUGGCUUAAAUAAAAGGCUUUAGCAAUGGUAAUUGAGUGUGUUUUCAGCGUGCCAUCUAGUGGGCUCCGUUAAUAGAGCAAAUGGUUCACAAAGCUUCGUUAUCCCUUCACUACCUUGUUGGUUUUUGAUGUUUUAGAAGUCGGUCAGCCUUGAAAAUGGAAACCACAAACAAACUUGGUGAAUAGCAGUAUCUACUUUUUCUUUUACUUGUACUUUUCUGUUGAGUUGGUGCAGACCAACAAAGAGAUAAAAAAAAGAGUGAGAAGCUUUUUAGAGUUGUGCCUCAGCUUGUCCUGCUGCCACCAAGCAGCCUAAAAAACAAUUAAUGCAGCUUUAAGAUCUAGGAUGUGAACCUCAAUUAGAAUACACAUUCACAAGCAGUUGAACCAAACAAAUCCGAGCACGUAAAGUCAAUGGAAAUGAAGCCUGAAAUGUUUUGUGUUUGAAAAAACAGUGCCUAUUUUUUCUGGUGUAAUGAUGAUGACUGUCCUCUGUAUUAACCACUGUCUUCAAAUGUCUCAAAUCACUAAAUCUAAAUAUAUACAACAGCCACUUUCGUUCGGAUGAGUAUAGUCUCGUAGCUUGUAUGAAAAGAAUUCAGUCAUGCAACAAACAGACAUUUUACUUACUGUAAAAAAUAUACCCAGACGAGGGGUUCACUAUGAUGGAUUGUACAUUUCAGGUUUCAAGUCUCAGUUUUUUGUUUUUCAAAUAGCAGCACACUAAAAUGAAUAAAAAACAAUGGCAGCCUGGAAGAAAGGAAUUUUAAAAAGUCCUCAUGUAGUGCAGUAUCCACCACAUGUUCAUUUCUAUGCCAGCUAUCCCAGGUACGCCACAGGAGGUUCUGAUCAGACAGAAGUACCCUUUCUAUGUAUUCCACUAUUGUGAUUCUAACACCAUGGGGAUCUACUGUACAUGACUCUUUAAUAUAGAUAUAUCCUGUAUAGAUAAUGUAUGUAUGUAUGUUUGUAUAGGGGUUAUUAUUGUAUGCUGUUGCUUUGACCAAAACCUGGGUGUAACAUCGCAUGAUAUCAAUGUUGUAAAACGAAGACACACAGAAGAUGUGCAGACUGGUGAUAAUCAUGGUGGUUAUUCUUGUCAAUAAAUCAAGUUUACAACU